UGGAAGCAACCGGAUGAUGGAGGAGGAGGAGGAAGAGCAGGCGUGCGGCUCAGUUUUCAGACAGAAGAAUGGACGGGAGGUAGAGGCAACAAACAAUGGAGGAACGGGUGGAAUCCAAGAGAGGCCAAGGACAACUGGCCUAUCCAAGGACACAUCCACACUUGAGUUACUGCUGAUCAAGGGUCCCAAUCUUUUAAAAGAACUUCUGCUGAUCUACUGCAAAUCAUCCAUGGAUCCACCAGGACAACCUGGUCUCCCAGCUGUCCACCACUGGCCAAGAAAUGGCACUCAUUCUCGAAAUGCCUGCCUACAAGCAGUAAUGGGCUGGACGAGGGAUAACAAAUUGAAGCUGAAUCCAAGCAAGACAGAGGUGCUCAUUGUGGAGGCUCAGAAUCAGAGGGGUGAGUUAGAUCUUCCUGUGCUGGAUGGGGUUACAUUCCCCCAGAAGGAGCAGGUGUGCAGCUUGGGAGUACUCCUGGACCCAGGCCUCACCCUGGUAUCUCAGGUGGAGGCCAUGGCCAGGAGUGCUUUCUAUCAGCUUCGGCUGAUUCGACAGCUGUGCCCAUUCCUUGAAGAGGAUGACCUCAAAACAGUGGUGCAUCAGCUAGUAAUCUCCUGGCUUGACUAUUGCAAUGCACUCUACGUGGGGCUGCCUUUGUACGUAGUCCGGAAACUUCAGUUAGUUCAACAUGCGGCAGCCAGACUGGUCUCUGGGUCAACUCAGAGAGACCAUAUUAUCCCUGUCUUGCAACAGUUACACUGGCUGCCAAUAUGUUUCCUGGCAAAAUACAAAGUGCUGGUUAUUACCUUUAAAGCCCUGAAUGGCUUAGGUCCGAGUUAUCUAAGAGAGUGCUUUCUUCUGCAUGAUCCCCACCGCACGUUAAAGUCAUCUAAGAAAGUCUGUCUCCAGUUACCACCAGUUUGUCUGGUGGAGACUCAGAGGCGGGCCUUCUCUGUAGCUGCUCCUGGUCUGUCGAAUGCACUCCCGGCAGAAAUCCGUAAUUUGAGUUCAUUACUGUCUUUCAGGAGAUACCUUAAAACCUAUCUGUUUGGCCUGGCCUUCCAGGGUUUUUAAAUGAUUGUAAACUGUUUUAAAUUGUUUUAAAUGGUUGCCCUGGUUUUCCAGGGUUUUUAGCUGUUUGACUGUUUAAUUGGUUUUAUUCUGUUUUUAUAGUUCUGAUUUUAAUUGUUAACU